UGACAGCAGCAGGGUUCGUGAAAACAAGAGACAUUUUUUUCUCUCUCGUCGUCGGAGGUACACGAAAUUUAGCAACUUAAUAUAUAGAAAAUUCCAAGAACCAAGUCGUAUUACAUUCUCUCCAGCCGCCAACACUUUCCACUUUUCACGCUUUGUGCCAUUUCGUGUACGAGUGAAGAACAGUUUCCGUUUUUGCGUUGCUUCUUCCCAUCACUCCUUCCUCCUCGGUGCUGGUGCUGCUCCGUGUGUUAGUGUGAAUUGUGCGUACAGAAAAAAAAGCGUGCGUGUGGCCCUCUAGACACGGACGACGGCGUACGUGUAUCGAAAAGGUGUGUAACUUUUUAUACGCAAACCGACUCCGUUUCUCGUUUGCCGCUGUGCGUACAUCAUCAUCGUCCAAAACAUGAAGCAAAUUCCGCUGACCUGUUCCGGCCAUACGCGUCCGGUCGUGCAUUUGGAUUUCAGCGGCCAGACCGAAUGUGGAUAUUUUCUCAUUUCGGCGUGUAAAGAUGGCAAACCGAUGCUGCGGAUGGGCGACACCGGCGACUGGGUCGGAACGUUCGAGGGCCACAAAGGUGCGGUGUGGGGCGUGGCGCUGAACGAGUCGGCCACGCUUGCCGCUUCCGGUGCGGCCGAUUUUACCGGUAAAAUUUGGAACGCGGUCACGGGCGAGGAGGUGCACAGUCUGCAGCACAACCACAUCGUGAAAACGGUGGCCUUCAGCCACGACAGCCAGUACCUGGUCACGGGCAGCAACGAGAAGCUGGUACGGGUGUUCGAUCUCAGCUCGGACGGCAAGGCGCUGGAAUCGUAUGCCGGCCAUGCCGGCGCGGUCAAGCGUGCACUGUUCUGCCGCAACGAAAAGUGCGUCAUUAGCUGUGCGGACGAUAAGUCGAUGCGGCUGUGGGAUCGCAGUACGGGCCAGGAGGUGUCCCGGGUAGAGUUUGCGUCCCACCCGAACGGGCUCGAGCUGUCGAAGGACGGUAGCAUACUGACGGUGACGUACGGCAACUGUACCGCGUUCUACGACAUGGAAACGUUGACGCAGCUGAAAGAGAUCACCAUUCCGACGCGUGUCAGCUCGGCCAGCUUGCACCCGGAGAAGCACAUCUUCGUGUGCGGCGGUGAGGACUUUAAGAUGUACAAGUACGACUACAUUACGGGCAACGAGAUCGAAUCAUUCAAGGGUCACUUUGGACCGGUUCACUCGGUAAGCUUCAGCCCGGACGGUGAGCUGUACGCUAGCGGCUCCGAGGACGGUACGCUGCGCCUGUGGCAAACGACCGUGGGCAAAACGUACGGGCUGUGGAAGUGCACGGAACCGACCGAUCUGAACAAUUCGACCACCACCAACAACAACAGCACCACCACCACCAACACGACCACCGGUGGCAGCGUGACACCGACACCAAACAACAAUGCGGCAGCCGUGGCCUGCCCGCCCGUGACGACCGCGGCACCGGUAACACCGACACCGAACGCUAACCGGGAAGUGACGGCCAACUGAACCGACGGGCAGUAAAGCAAAGAUGUGCAGCAUAUAUGCGUCUUUGCCUUUGCCACAACAUCCCCCCUCUCAAGAAAGCAAACAGACAAGGAAAACUGCUUUACAAGAAGGAAGCAGCAGCAGCAGCAGCAGCAGGCUAGGGGUAGGGCAGAGAGGCAAAACGGGAGCAUACGGAGGACACUGGGCACUGGUUUAGGCGGCUUCAGCAGCAGCAGCACUGGUUGCGAGAACGUUGCAGUUGCCGUGCCGUCGUCUUCGUGAUGUCUACGUUUUCCCUUUGGCAGCAGCACCAGCCACAACAGCAGCAGCAAACACCAACUCCUUUAGCCGAGAACUCGUUUUGUGCGAUUUGAUGAUGAUGGUCAUACAAAGCUACUUACUAGUACUACUCUUUCUACUACUACAACAAUACUACACACUCCCACACACACACACACACACACACACAUUCGCAUUUGACCGAGGAACGAAGGAUUUCGCGAGGAUCACGUUCACGAUCCCGGAGGACAUUGUCCCUUUCACAGAGCGCGUUAAUCAAGAAGCUGUGGGCCGUUACGCAGGAGAACACACAGUACGAAUAGGUUACAAAAUUCCAAAACUACUACCAGCAUCCCCAGUACGUGUGUGUGUGUGUCAUCAUACCACAACUGCUACCAAUACUACUACUGUGUUCGAUUCGACCAAAUAAUCAACCAUCUCUUCAUUCGUUUCGUUUUACCACAUUCACAAAGUGCUCUUGCGUGUUGCGCGUGAAGCACGCAGGGUAGGUGCGUUUGUGGCGGAUAGGCAGGAGGCAGGCUGGGCAGGUAGGGCCUUAUUUUAUGCAUAUUCCGUGCGUGCGAGUAUGUUUCUAGUAAUUUAUGUUUGAUGUACCCCCGAACGAACUACGUGAGAGAUUGUGUUUUGUGUUGAUUUUUGUUUUUAGUUACUUCGAAAUAAAGAACUAAUUAAACCUGACCUGAAACUGAAA